AUGAAGGCUUUAAUCCUCGUCGGCGGCUUCGGCACACGUCUGCGCCCUCUCACCCUCACUCUCCCCAAGCCCCUGGUGGAGUUUGGCAACCGGCCCAUGAUUCUCCAUCAGAUCGAAGCGCUCGCUGCUGCUGGUGUCACGGACAUUGUACUUGCCGUCAACUACCGCCCCGAGAUGAUGACGGCCGCGCUGAAGAAGUACGAGGAGAUCUACAACGUCAAGAUUGAGUACUCGGUCGAGACGGAGCCACUGGGUACUGCAGGACCUCUCAAGCUCGCGGAGCGGAUAUUGGGCAAGGACGACACACCUUUCUUCGUCCUCAACUCCGAUGUCAUCUGCGAUUUCCCCUUCAACGAGCUGGCAAAGUUCCACAAGGCGCACGGCCAGGAAGGCACUAUUGUGGUCACAAAGGUCGAGGAGCCGUCCAAGUACGGAGUUGUCGUGCACAAGCCUGACCACCCAUCGCGCAUUGAUCGCUUCGUUGAGAAGCCCGUCGAGUUUGUUGGCAACCGCAUCAACGCCGGAAUCUACAUCCUCAAUCCAUCAGUGCUUAGCCGCAUUGAACUCCGUCCGACCUCGAUCGAGCAGGAGACCUUCCCCGCUAUUGUCAAAGAUGGCCAAUUGCACUCCUUCGACCUCGAGGGCUUCUGGAUGGACGUUGGUCAGCCGAAGGACUUCCUCAGCGGCACAUGUCUCUACCUCUCGUCCUUGACCAAGAAAGGCAGCAAGCUACUCACAUCCACCUCCGAGCCCUAUGUACACGGUGGAAACGUCAUGAUUGACCCUUCGGCAACAAUUGGAAAGAACUGCAAGAUCGGACCCAAUGUCACCAUUGGACCCAACGUGGUCAUCGGAGAUGGUGUCCGACUCCAGCGAUGUGUGCUUUUGGCCGGUAGCAAGGUGAAGGAGCAUGCAUGGAUCAAGAGCACGAUUGUCGGAUGGAACAGCACAGUUGGUCGCUGGGCACGGAUGGAGAAUGUUUCCGUGCUUGGCGACGACGUGAGCAUUGGCGACGAGAUCUACUGCAAUGGCGCCUCGGUGUUGCCUCACAAGAGCAUCAAAGCCAACGUCGACACUCCGGCGAUCAUCAUGUAA